AUGAAAACCAUUGGCAAAUUAAUUUAUGAGCAAUUGAAGAAAAAAUAUGACAACGUCAAAAAUAAUCGUAAAUAAACGAGGUUUCAUUAUUAAGUAUUGAGUCUAUUAAUUGGAUUAGAUGGAAAUUGAUUGUGGAGAAGUUGUAAAUAUUAAGGGUGUAAAACAAUUUGAAUUAAGUAAUAAAAUCAAUACAGGCUAUUUUGAUUUUAAAACAUUGCUUUUCUUUUUAUUUUUUAAAUAGUUUGAGAGAAUAGGAGUCCUCAUAUAUUAUAUUGUUAUGAUUCUCCAUUUUAGUUACCUUUAAAUUAAGUAAACAAUCAAAUUAUUAUUAAGUCCUGAAGACUUGGUUGUGUACAUUUUGCCAUUAUCAAUGCAUUACAUUCUGUAAGUGUUAAAAGCAUUCUAUUUUGAUUAUUUAAAAAUGGAAUAUGAUAAAAAGACAAAUCUACGAGGUAUAACAAGAUAUAGAAGAUUGAGAAAGGAAAUUGCAUCAGGGAAUAAGUCGUAAUAAAAUUAAUAAUAAAUCGAAAAUUUUUUAAAUUCAAAAGAACCACAAAUUACAAUAACAAAAUAAGAAAUGUAUAAAAAACCUCAUUCAGUUUAGUCAGUGAAAAGAAAAGAAAAAUUAUUACUUUAUGAGAAUAUCAAUUGGGAGCAACUUGAGGUAGGUGAUUUAAUUUAUUUAAAACGAAAUGAAAUAUCACCAGCUGAUAUAUUAAUAAUAGAUGUUUCUGAUAAUAUUGUUGGAGUAUCUUCAUAAUAGUUAGAUGGAUAAACAAGUGAAGAAGCAAGACAACCAACUUAAUUGACAAUGUUGAAAAACGGUAAGUACAAAGCGUAAGGAUUUGAUUAUAAAAAAAUUUUGACAGGUUAAAUAUAAUUUGAUAAAGAUAAAAAUGAAAAUAUAUAUGGAUAUAUUAAAUUGAAAAAAGAUCCAAAAGGUGAAAACUUUAAUAGAAAUAAUAUCAUCAGAAGGGAAGAACAAUUAAAAACAUGUUAAUAUUUAAUAGGAUUAGUAUUAUUUGCAGGAUAAAAAUGCAUUUGUUAUGAUAAAUUGAAAUAAGCAGAAAAAAAAUCCUUUUUUGUUCAAAAGUCAAGGAUGUUUUUUGCAUUAACACUAACAAUUAGCAUUAUUAUAACAUUCAUAAGUUGGUUAAUAGCAUCAUUUGGAGUGUGUUAAGGCUCUUCGAAUGAUAAAGUAUUUGAUUCGACAACACUUAUAUUUUAUAUGAUACAAUAUUUAAAGACUACUCCAAUUUACUUUUAUAAUUGUGUAGACAUCAUAGAAAUGGGGUAUGCACAUUAUAAGUAUAUAAAAUUUAAUCAAAAUAAAUUAUCAGAUAUGAGAAUAAAAGUUGGAAAUAGUAUUGGAGUUCUUAAUACCCAAAAUAUUUAGCCAUAAAUAAAUUAUGAAUAAUUAAAUUCAGUUUCAAUAGGGGAUCUAGUUAUGACUGAAUAUGUAUGUUUUGAUAAAACUGGUACUUUAACGACAGGUGAAUUUAGAGUAAGAUCAAUAAUUAUUGAAGACAUGAUGUAUAAAUUUGGAUAGAAGAAGAUUUAAAAUGGAUGGUAACUUUUCAAAGAGAAUUUUAGAUAAUAAUUAAAAUAAAAUCCUAACUUUCGAAUUCCAGAAUAGGAUGAAUAUUCUGAUGAAUAAAUAGCUAUUGAAUAAUAAUCGAAGAGUAGAAGUAAUGGAUUUAAGAAUACUGUAUCAGUUUUAUCAAAGUCUUUAGGAAAAUAAUAAACUCAAAAAUUUAGAUCUACAUUACUACAUUAAACUCAUUUUAAUGAUGAAAAUAAUUUCAAUAACAAAAUGUCAACUUUUUAGCCUUUAUAACAAUCAGCAAUAUUAAGUAAAUCUGAAUUAGAAAGUGCUAAUGUUAAGAAUUCUGAAGGUAAUAAUACUGAAUUGAUUGGUCAACAUAUAAUAGAAAAUAUCAGACCUGAAGAUUUGGAUGAUACUCAUUGUAAAAUAACUCCUGAUUUAAAGGCAAAUAGACCUAAACCAUUUUUUAAUAAGAGUAUAAUAGGGAAUUAAUCCAUAUCAAUUUAAUAAUCCCCAUCUUCAAGUCCUUUUGAGGAAAUUCAACUAAUGCCUCAAGAAGAUAAAUAGUCUGUAACUAGUGAUAGAUAAAAAAAACCUAGGAGUGAUAGUGAUGCCACAAAAAAGGAUGAAUAUAGACAUAUUAAAAAGUAGUCAUCUUUUGUUAAUAGAAAUAAUAAUAAUAAAGCUACUUUGUAAUAUGUUUAAAUGGAAGAGGAAAUUAAUGAAAUAGCAUUUUAGAAAGAUCAAGAAUUCUAUUAAAAAUUGGUAUGUGGACCAUCUUAAAUAUUUUAUUAAGAAGCUAUUCUAUCACUAUUAUUGUGUUAAGAAGUUGCAUCUAAAUUUACAUAAUUUGAUGAUUAAUUUAUUCAUGAUUCAACUUAAUCUACUCUAGAUUCAGAGUUGAUGAGAUUUGCUUAAUAUUUUGAUAUUAAAUUUAUAUGUACGAAUGAGACAGGUGGAAAGAUAACAUACAUCAUAGAUAUAUUGGGGGAAAUGCAGGAAUUUUAAAUUCUGUCUAUUAAUGAACAAACUUAAAAUCAUCCUAGAUUAGGAGUUAUGAUAUAAUACCCUGAUAAAUUAGCAGAAUAAUUCUAAUUCUUUAUUAAUGAAUAAGAAGAAGAGAAUGAAUUUAUAAAUUGUGUGUUAAUAGUUAGAGAAGAAUUUAAUUAGAUUCCAUCCUAUGUAGAUAUAGACAAAAAUAGUAGAGAAUAUUGGGAUAGAGUAUUUACAAAGUUACAUAUGGCUGGAAUGAGAACUGUUGUAUAUUCUAAAAUAUAUUUAAGAGAAAAUGAAAAAAAUGAAUUCUUAGAUAAGUAUUCAUAAGUUAGAUUUUAACAAUCAGAAAAUGAAAUAAUCUAAUUAUUUAAUGAAAUAGAAAAAGACAUGCAAAUCAUGCAGGUUUUAGGAAUAAAAGAAAAAAUAAGACCAGAUGCAAAAUUGUUGAUUUAAUAAAUGAAAUAAGCAGAUCUUAGUUUAUUUUUAUUAUCAGGAGAUGAAAUUAAUAAAGUUCUACCUGUUGCCUAUAAAUCUGGAUUACUCUUAAAUACAGAUCAACUUUUAUAUCUAGAUUCUGAUAAUGCAAAAUUAGUUAUUAAAAAUUAACUAGCUUAAAUGGCUUAAUAACUUAAAGUACCUGAUUAGAAUAUCAUUGUAAGUAAUGCUAUUCAAUCAAAAUCUCUUCGUUUAAAUACAUUGACUGAUAAAGCUCACAAAAGUAUUGAUAACUAUUAUAAUCCAGAAACUUUUAAUUAAAAUAAAUCAAUGGCAAAAAACUCACAUAAUCAAAUAUCAUAAUAAUAAUAUGGAGAAAUUAGGGCAUUUUCGAUUGUCCUCAGUGGUGAAUAAUUUAAUAUUAUUCAAGAGGAUAGCGUAUUCCUAGCACAUUUAACAUUCUUACUCUAUUUUAGCAAUUCUCUAAUUGCUUAUAGAUUUAGUGCUGUCUAAAAAGCUGAAAUUAUAAAGAUUAUCUAAACUUAAUUUUAAGGCAAUAAAAAGGUUUUAUCAAUUGGAGAUUCCUUUAAUGAUAUUUAAAUGUUUAGAUAAGCUAACAUUGGAAUAUAAUAUUGUCAUUUGCCAGUUUGUUAAUAGUAAUUAAAAUAGACAACUAAAAGAAAACUUACUCAAAGAUUGUCAAUGAAUAAAAUAUUAGAAAAUCCUUUAAAAAGAUCAUAUAAUAUUAGAGAUAUUCAAAGAAUGGCAACAUCAGAUAUAUGUGUAAAUAAUUUUGAGGAUUUAUGUGGAUUAAUGUUUUUUGAAAGUAGAAUAUUUGCUGAGGUCUAUGAUGAUUUAUUGGUUUUUUCAUUCUAUAGAUCUUUGUUAAUACUUUAUGCACUCUUUCUUAUAUAUUCAACAAACUGUUCUUAGAAUAAUCAACUUGUGGAGGGUAGUUGGUUAACAGUUUAUCAAAGUUUAAUGCUCUUUUUAUAAUAGAUAUCAAGUUUAAUAUCUAAAUUAAAUGAAAACUAUCAUGGAGAUUCAAAAAUGUAUCAUGAAUAAUUUAAGAUCAACAUCAAGACUUUCAAAAAGAAGAAAGUUUUAUCAUUUAUAUUUAAAAUAAACGGUAAUGCUUUAUUGGAUGCGUUAUUGUUAUGGUUGACAUGUUUUUCAUUAUUUUAUGGAAACACUUAGAUUGGAAUAAUAAGACAAAUGCUUUUAAUAUUAUUAGUUGGAAGUGAUUUAGUAAAGUUAUGGGUUUCAUCAGUUUAAAAAGUAGUGGCUUGGAUUAUAUUGGUUUUGGCAUAUUUAUUAUGUUGGUUAGGAAUAUCUUUAUUGUCUGUGAAGUUUACUUUUGAUGAUAAUAUUGAGACCUUUGAAUAAUUAUUUUUAGACCCUUUUUCAUGGUUUGUGUUUAUUUUUUAUAUUGGUGCCUAAUUAUGUUUAAGUAGUUGUAUAGAAGCUAUUCAACCAUUGUUUUGUUAAAGUCUAAUUAAAACUGAUUAAUGUUAUGAAGAAAUUUCGAUUAUAUCUUAAAAAGUUAACACAUAAAAUAAUAAAAGCAAUUACAAAAAAUAUCAUAAUUUAAUUAAAAGAAUAGCAGUAAUAGCAGGUAAGAUAUUUAAAAGAAAUAAUGAUGACCUUGAUUUAUCAAUAUAAGAGAUGGUUUCUGGAACUAAUUUAAAAGUAAAUUAAGAUAAAGUUAAUCCUUAUACUUUAAAAUUUAUGAAUAAAGAUACUGAAAUGAAAUUUAAGAGAUUAUCGAAAAUUCUUUGGUUGAAAUUUGAGAGAUAUAGGUUAAUUCUUACCUUGUUGUUUUUAGAAAUAAUUGCUAUAGUAUUAUUUAUUGUAUACAAUAUUGACCAUUUUUCAACUGAAUUAUAUUUCUUGACAUAUAUUUUAGGAAUAGCAUUAUAAGUUGUAUUGUUAUUUUUAGUAUGUUCAAGCAUUUAUCCAAAACAUUUUUUUUUCAUAAAUUUGUCUGUUGUUUUUAUAAGAUUUCUAAUAAAAUUUAUAAGUGAUUUAGGAACAACUUAAUAUGAAGGUAUAUAUGAAUUAUUACUCACAUAAAGUUACAUAGUAGUAUUAUUAUUUUCAAGAAUACACUUGCCAAUUAUAAAUUUUAUUCUAAGUUUUGUAUCAAUAAUUGGAUUUAUUAAGAAAUAUUCAAUAAUGGAGUUUUCAUAAGGAUCAAUAACAUAUUAUUCAUUAAUAAAUGGAGAAGUAGUUGUUAUAGCAACAAGCAUUUUAUUUAUGGCUUUAUAGUAUAAAUUAAUUAGAUUAGAAAGAGAGGACUUUAUGCUUGAUGUGACUCUUAAUUAAGAAACAUCAAAAAUGACAAAUGUUUUAUCAAUAUUGCUACCAAAAUUUAUAAGAGAUAGAAUAAAUGCAAGUAAUAUAGUAUGAUUAAUAUAAUUUAGAGGGGAUGUUUGAGAUAAGUGAGAAUUAAGGGAAUGUUUCUAUACUAUUUUGUGAUAUAUGUGGUUUUGAUGAUUUAAUAACAGUUGAAAAGGAAAAUAUCGUAAAGAUUUUGGAUGGAUUGUUUAGAUCAUUUGAUUAAUUGUGUGCUUAAAAUGGAAUGCAAAAAAUUGAAACAGUAGGUAAAACUUAUAUGGCAGCUGGUGGUCUUAAAGCAGUAGAUUAAGGGACUAAGUUUUAUAAUUAAAAUUGUGUUAAAAGAGUAAUAAUUUAAUAUAUAUACUUUAAAGGCUGUGUAAUUAUCAUUAGAAAUGAUGGAUCAUACUAGAAAAGUCAAAUAUGGACAGAUUGGACAUGUAACUAUAAAAAUAGGAAUACAUUAUGGUAGAGUGAUAGCAGGAGUAAUUGGACAUCAUAAACCUUAAUUCUCUUUAAUAGGGGAUACAGUUAACACAACCAGUAGAGUAUGUUCAACAGGUUAAGAUGGAUAAGUCACUCUUUCUAAUGAAGCUUAUUAAGAAAUUAAUAUGCCAGAAUUAUAAUUUACUUAGAGAAAGGUUGCUGCCAAAGGAAAAGGAGAAUUAAUUACAUAUUAAGUAAGUAGAGAGAUUAAAAGAAAUACAGAAAAAAAGAAUAUUAAAAAAAAAGGAGUCAUUUUAAAAAGCGAAGAAUCAAACAACUUCAUAUAAUCACCACAACCUUCAAUCUAAGGAAAUAUACCAUCUUCUGCUAAAUAACCUUCAUCUUUUGCUUAAAAUUCGUUGAGAAGAUAAGAAAGCAUAUAAAUUCAUUUAUAAGACAAUGUAGCAUAUAAUAUAUAAAAUACCAAUACUAAUAAUGAUCUAAUCUAACAACAUUCAUCUAAAUAAUCCAUUCCACCUUAAUAGGAUUCAUCUUAGGAUUUCUCAAAUAGAUAGUAAUAGCAAGAUCCUAUUAAAUAAUUUAAAAGAAAAGCAAAUUAAAGAUAAACUAUACUUAUGCGAUCUAUGCCUUAACAACAUCAAACUACAGGUUAAAUCAAAAUAGCUAGCAAUUAAAAUAUUUAAUUAGAACCUGAUUAAGAACCAAGUCAAUUAGAAAAAGAGUAAUUGGCUUCUUAUUUUGAGAAAUCUAACCUCUUAUUAGAAAUUUCUUAAAAGUUAAGAAGAGACCUUUAAAUCGAUGUUAUCGAUGAUUUUCCAGAUUAUGAUAUAGAAUUUGAUAAAAUUAAAGGUUAUUUAGAAGAUGAUAAUAGUAAUGUGAUAAGCGAAUGUUUAUAAUUAGAAAAAAAGAAAUUAUAUCUUGGUUUUAAAGAUCAUUAAUAUUAAUUGGCUAAAGAAUUCACUGAGUAAAAUGCUGAAGGUAGAAAUAUAGUGUUUAUAUCUAUAUAUUUGCAUCUCUUUUAAUAUCUUGCUAAAACCCUUACUCUUUUUAUUCUACUACAAUAAUCAAUAAUAGAAAAUCCUUUUCUGAUUAUAGCCAUUCGAUUAUUUGCAUCUAUUGUACUUUUGAUUCUUGCAUUAUUAUAAAAUAAGAAAUUAAAACAUAAAUUUUACUAAGGAUAAUACUUUAUAGCAACAUAUAUUAUUCUUUUAUUUAGUAUCCUAUUAGAGUUCCUGUUACUUAAUAGUGAUGAACUAUUUGAAUUAUAAGCAUCAGAAGGAAUAUUAUUAAUAUGUUUCUUUUGUUCUUUAUCUAUUGUACAACUAAAACAUAAGGUUGCAUUUUUAUUAUUUUUUUGUGUUGCUUAAAUUAUAAUAGUUCUUGUUAAAUUUAACGAUUGGGCAGUAGCAUACUACACAAUAUAUUAAGGUAUACUAAUGUUUUCAGUUUAAUACAACAUUUUUUAUUAGGAUCUAAAUACUUUCAAUAAUAAGAGAUCUCUUGAAAUUAAAAAAAACUAAUCUGAAAACUUAGUAAAAUAUUUAUUACCAAAUCACAUCUUAAAAUAAUUUUUAUCUAAUAAUUAAAGAGAAGUAUUAGUAGAGUAAUUAGAAGAAGCCACAUUGUUAUUUGCUGAUAUUGCUGGAUUUACUGAAUAUUCUAGUAGGGUUGAACCUGAAUAAGUUGUUAAUAUGUUGAGAAAUCUAUUCACUGAGUUUGAUAAAAAAUGUUUAACAUAAAAUACAUAUAAACUUUAUACAAUUGGUGAUUGUUAUGUUGCCUUGGGAGUUGUAGAUAUUGGAUAAAGAAAUCCAGCACAAGAGGCUAAAAAUGUUGUUGAAUUAGGAUUUGGGAUGAUUGAAAUUAUUAGAAAUGUUCGACAAAUUAUUGGAUUUGAUGGAUUAGAUAUGAGAAUAGGAAUACAUACAGUAAAUUUUAUUCAAUAUUUCUAGGGUAAAGUGAUUGCAGGGAUUCUUGGAACAGAAAUUGUUAGGUAUGAUGUAUAUGGGGCAGAUGUUAUGAUUUCGAAUAAAAUGGAAUCAAAUGGAGAAAGAGGCAGAGUUUAAGUCUCAGAAGAAACCAAAAGAUUGUUAGAAGCUCAAUAUCCUGGUGCAUUUAAUUUUAUUCAUAAUAAAUUAAUUGAAUUCAAAUCAAUUAAUAGACAAACUAAUGGUUAUUUUGUUGAACCUCAAAAAAAUGAUUCUGAAUUUGAUGAUUUAAAUCAACCUAGUGAAAGAGAAUCAUUUAAGGUUUGA